GCUGCCAGAGGCCACGCAGCAGAGACGCACAAGUGGCUCAGCUCGGAACCGUUCUGACGCAACUUUCUCUGCAUGUUUGACACACGUGGGCCAUGAAGAAGUAGCCCCCGCCCCCAACCUCAUUUUCCUCCGGGUGGUCCAGCUGUGUCUUGCUUCUUUUCUUUUUUUUUUUUUUUAUAACGUGAACGGAACCGGACCCUUAAUGGAUUACAACAACUCCGAUGAAACAUCCCCCGCCGAGUCCAGUCACUAAUACGCGAAUCGAGCUCAGCCAUCGAACCGAUUCCCUUCCCCUGAUCCCCCCCCCCCCCCCCCAGGACCCGACUCGGCAGUCGAGGAGGCUUCCGAUCCGCAUGAUCAACAUGUUGACGGCGCACACCGGACACUUGCUCCACCCGGAAUAUUUGCAGCCGUUAACGCCAGCGCCUGUCAGCAUCGAGCUGGACGCUAAGAAGAGUCCGCUGGCCCUGCUGGCGCAGACCUGCUCCCAGAUCGGAAAACCGGAUCCUCCGUCCUCCUCCAAGCUCAAAGAGAAGGAGGCCAGCGGUCGCUCGUCUGUCUCCAGCUUGAAACUGGGAGAACAGCGCCCCCCCUCGGAGGACAAGUCCAGCUUCAAGCCUUACCUCAAAGGCAGCAGCGGGGAUGGAGAUGGAGUGAGAAGCAGCAGCAGCUUGGAUAAAGCAGCAUUCAAGGUUCUCAGCAAUAAUGGGAAUACAGCCAAUGGACAGCUGUCGUACGUGCCCCACGCCUCCUCACCCAGCCCUGGAGCCAGCAGAGCCAGCCCCCCGGGGUCCGCCCAGCAGCAGCAGCCGCCUCUCAAACAGCCAGGUGGCGGACCGCCCAACCCGCACGCUCACGUGUCAAAUGGCAGCCGUGAGCCGGAUGGGCCGAGCAGCGGCAAGAAAGACGCUGAUGCAAGCAAGCCGCCCUCGGAGGGUCCGCACCUCUCCAACUCCAGCCACGCCCGAGCUAGCGCCAACUGCAGCACCGGCAGCUCGGACGGCGGCUCCAUCCUCGACAAAGUGGAGUCGGUGCCGGGACACAUCGCGCCCAUUUCUCCUUACAAGGCGGCGCAAGCGCUCUUCCCUCUGUCCUCGUCUAAUUUAGGUUACCACGGGUCGGUGGUGGGGGCCUAUGCUAGCUACCCUCCACCGUUAGUUCCCGGGCUAGACCACAGCAAGUCCGGCGUGAGAAGCUUAGGCAUCCCUGGAAAGCAUCCAAGCUCCAGCCCUCUCACGGGGGCCUCUCCCCCUUCUUUCAUGCAGGGUCUUUGCAGGGACCCCUACUGCCUCAGCUACCCCAGUGUAUCCCACUCGUGUGUCCACGAGCCCUCCGGCCUCAAGUCCAGCUUUCCGUUGGUGUAUGCCUCCCACCCCCUGCAUUCCCUCCACCCAAGCGGACCCUCCUCCCUCUCCCACCCCUUGUACUCAUACGGCUACAUGCUACCCAACGACCCCCUUCCUCAUGCGUGCAACUGGGUCUCGGCCGGGGGUCCGUGCGACAAACGUUUCGCCACGUCGGAUGAGCUCCUGGCUCACCUGCGCACGCACAUGGCGCUGCCCGUGGACACGGACGCCAAGAUGCUGUCUGUCUCGUCAUCGGGACCGUCUUCCUGCCACCUGCACCUUCCCCACAUGAGCAGCCCGGGCUCCUUGCUCAGAGCGCCACCCAGCCUGGGACUAGCUCGCUAUCACCCCUACAGUAAGGUCCAUUUGCCACCAGGACCCUCCUCUGUGUCCCUCCACUCUCUGCCCGCCACGAGCCCGUACUACCCGCACUACGCCUUCUACAACCAAAGACUCGGGUCUGCGUCCGCUCUGGGCUACCAAUGACACCAACGUCCGUCCAGAGACUUCUUUUAAAGGACCGGUGGGACGUUUUGGAUGUAUGUUGGUGCCACUUUCAUAUAUCUUAAUGGCCUUGGCUUUGCAUUCUUUUCAGUAUGGAGGAAUCGUCCAGCUUUGCCUGCUAAACCGGAGGAAUCUGGGAAUUUCUGCCUUCAAAACCAUACCUUUGAAAUCUAUGUUUACACAUGCAUGAGGCCAAAAUCAUCUUUUUGGGACUUGACUGUAAUGACGAAAAAGCAAAAAAUAAAUGGUUGUAUCCGCACUUUUAUUCAAAUCCUCACAAAAGGUUCUUGCCUGGCACGUGUUCCACCCGCUGCAAACUUAGGCUAUGCAGAGUUUG